AUGGAGAAACCAGAGGAACAGCUAGCAAUCUUCUCAUCCAGACCGGAAAUCAUUCAUCGGUACUCUCUAAAAGGUGAGAAGAUUACCUUUGAUGAAAGUGAGCUGAAACCAUAUAGGUUAAUAAGCGAUUUGGAAUUAGGAAAACGAGUAGACCCUAAAUACCCUUCUGUGAAAAAAGGCUGGCGAAAGUAUCGGAGGAAGAUCUUCAAGAUGAAUGAAUCUAGAAUUAGAUAUCUCCUAUUAACACUCUUAGACUACGAAAGAAAAGUAGCAAUGGACAACACCUUGGAGGUGUACUGCCAUAAUGGAUUAUUUUCUGAUUUAUUGAACGCAAAAGAAGGUUAUUAUGUUGUUCAAUACAAAAACAAACUAAUAUUCGCUAGCACUUCUACCAGAGCAAACCAAAAUCAAUUACUAUCUUAUAUUGGAGUGAAAUUUGAGGCUUUGAUGAAAUGCCAACCGUCACCCAGAGAUUGUUCCCAUUGUAAAUUACUUUUAAAUGGGGAAUAUGGAAGAUGGCCGUUCAAAUCUGUAGUUGAAGUUGAUGCAUUCAAAAAGACGCCCAGGGGAAAGGUCUACUGUGAGAUGAAAUUAUGUUAUAGUAGUAAUGCUAAGGAAUAUGCCAUUUCCAAGCUAACAUCCAACAGGGAGUUUUUAGAGUUUUUGCGCAUAAACGUCAAGAGUUUUAGGAAAAAGAUUGAAAAAUGGCUAUUCCAGGCAUACUUUGGCAGACAAGAUAUCCUUGUAGUUGGCCUUAGGGAUGAUGACUUCAAGCUAAUAUGUAAUACUGAACUUAAAGUCAUUGAGGAAAUCAUCCCAUUUGUUCGACAAACUUAUCCUUCCUUGUAUGAGAAAUUCAUCAAUGCUCCGCAAACAGUGAGUUCAUCACUAGAUACGAUUCACAGACAAAUAAAACAACUACAAAGGACAGAAACUGAUGUGUUCUUGUUGGACACUUCCUUUCCCCUCAAUGUGGAACGAUGUGCACGUAAGUUUGAAACUAUCAUCAUUCCCGAGUUCUUGGAACAACAUCCGCUAGAUCCCCUAUCUUCUCUCACGGAGUCACUGGACAAAUUGUCGGUCGGAAGGUUUGCGUGA